AUGUGGAGUUUUCAAUAAUUAAUCAUUUGUUCGGUAUUAUCCGAACCUUGAUAACGCCCGCGCAUGGAGCCCCAGAAGCACCGAACGGUCGCGAGGGUUCAAUCUGCUUCCUGCUCACUGCGUUCUCGAGGAAUCCUGAUGACUGUGGUAAGAAAACUAUUGCAUGAGGUGUCAGCUGCAGCGACAACGGUGAGCAUAGAGCCAUGUCGGUCACCAAUAUCGUUGGGAUUCGUUUCCUCAAUCCGAUUGUAACUCGAAAUCGUCUCGCCUCCACUGGGGUUCUGUCUUCUCCACGCUGCCAAUUUCUUUGCCUUCUCUCCUACCCCCUGGUUCCCUCCGCCUGCUUACGCUUCACGUCCUCUUCUGAGAACGUACCCAGCCCUUUACCGGGACUCUGGCCAGUGCUUAGAAUGGAGGGUUUGUGGACAAGGGCAUCUAUUGAAAAGAACAAAGAACUCAUGGAAUAUUUGAGGCAUUAUGGUGUUAUAAAGUCAGAGAAAGUAGCUGAAGUUAUGGAAAUCAUUGACAGGGGAUUAUUUGUACCUGAUCGCUGCCCGCCAUAUUCUGAUAGCCCGAUGCCUAUAGGCUAUAAUGGAACAAUAUCGGCACCUCAUAUGCACGCAACUUGCCUUGAAUUGUUAAAGGAUCAUCUUAAGUCAGGCCUGCGUGCUCUUGAUGUGGGAUCAGGGUCUGGUUACUUGUCAGCUUGCUUUGCAAUGAUGGUUGGGCCAGAAGGUCAUGCGGUAGGGGUAGAGCACAUCCCUGAACUUGUGGCUGCGUCUGUUGAAAAUAUUAAUAGAAGUGCUGCAGCAUCACUGAUGGAGGGAGGUAGUCUCACUGUACAUGUUGCUGGUAUGAUUUGCGAGAAUUUUAACUAUUCCUACUUUCUUCUCGGUGUUCGAUACCCUGCUCGCCUUCCUUCUGGAUCACACGAAAGCUUCUCCUCCACACGAUCCCGUCUGCGAGCAAGGGCUAUUCUGGAUUGCACGAAAGCUCCUAUAUAA